CAACAUCAACCAAUACGAAAGCAGCACAUCCGUCAUUUAAAAUUAGGCGCCUUCCUUGUACUAUUUAUUAUUGAUUCUGCAACCCGAUUACUUUCGUCCCUCCAUCAUUCUUGUUCCAAGAAAAAUAAAACAAAGAUGUUGGAUUACGUUAAACUAUCACACCGCUCAAUUCCGUCGAGAGGUGCGGCAACGAAAUUCAUAGAAUUAGCGGUGGUACAUAAUGAGAUAAAACUCUUAGUUCACACUGCUAACACGGUAUGUUUAGGUUUACUUGUUACAUCGGUGUUGAUGACAUGGCAGUUGUUAAUUCUGGUAACCGGAACUAAAUACCCUGUUAGUGUUGUUCUUAGCGGAAGCAUGGAACCUGGAAUUCGAAAGGGUGAUUUAUUGUUCCUUAGUACCAUAAAAAGCCAUCCUAUUCAAACGGGAGAAAUUUUAUUGUUCAAAAUUGAGGGUAAGGAAAUCCCUAUAGUUCAUCGUGUAAUAAAGGUCCAAAGGCAGAAAGCUUCCAACAAAUUCAUUCUGUUAACAAAAGGGGAUGCUAAUUCGGUAGAUGACCGUUAUGGGGGGAUAUAUGCAGAUGGCCAACUAUGGCUUGAAGAUGAUGAUAUAACUGGAAGAGUGAUAGGGAUUAUGCCAUAUUUUGGUUGGCCAUCCAUUCUCAUACAAAACAUGCCUUUGAUGAAGUUUGUUCUAAUCGGUGGACUAAUCGGAUGGAAUAUGCUCUCAUAGUCUCAAUUCCACAAGCUCAAUCUUAAACUGAUAGACUGCGUAUACAAUUUUGGAUGUUAUUGGACGUAAAAUGUAUAGAAAUCUUUUCCCUUAUAUAUAUAUAUAUAUUAAAAAAAAAAACGUCCUACGCA